ACGAGUCAGUUGUAGCUUCCUUAUGAUGAUAAUGUCACAUAAUUUAAACGAAUGGAACGGCGCGGCCGGAACAUCAAGCACAGAGGCGCUCGGAAUUGACAAAAACAAGAAUCUUCGAGAUAGUGAAGAUGCUGACCAACUCAAAAAAGACUUCUACAUCCGAAAAACUCGGCAAAACACCUGUCUCGUGGCUGCUGUGUUGAUUACCGUCCUUUCAGCCAUCGCUUGCCUUAUCUUAGUCAUCUUUCUUGUCAGAGAAGUAAAAAAGAAUCAUCGGUCGAACAUGGAGCCGACUAAAGCGCCUGGAGGCUCUAUGAGUCUAGAUCAACAUUGUUACACCUCGGACUGCUUGCAGGUUGCUGCUUCCUUGAAACGGAACAUGAACUCGUCUGUUGAUCCCUGUGAAAACUUUUAUGAACAUUCUUGUGCUUCUUGGAUCAGACUAAAUCCGAUUCCUCCCUCAAAAAUUUUGUAUGAUACUUUCAUUCAAGCUGAUGACGAGAACGCGAGGAAGCUUCGUGAAUUUAUGGAAGAAGUGGAUGAGCUUCCGGAACAAAGUGCUGUUAAGAAGACUAAACGUUACUUUCACUCCUGCGUUGAUGAGGAAGCAGUGGAACAGGCAACAAACACCAGUCUGACACCACACAUAUCCAAAUAUGGCUCUUGGCCCUUGGAUAAGAAAACGUGGAACGCCUCGCAGUGGGAAUGGUCUAAGGUUUUGCAAAUAAUGAUCAGAGAUCUUACAGACACACCCCUCUUCAGCGUAGAAAUUGACAUCGAUCCUCAAAAUUCUUCUCAGCAUAUGAUAUUGAUAAUGCCUCCUUCUUUAAGUCUGAUUCGUGAGAAGUACCUAGCCCCGGAGAACAAGACACGAUUGGCUUAUCUGAAAUUCAUGACAAAAGUGGGAAAGCUUCUUGGCGGAGGAAACGACACAAGAGAUCAAAUGGCGGCGGUUAUGGAGCUAGAGACAAGGCUGGCAAACAUCACUCCACCGAGGAGCGUUUUAAUGCGUAAUUACCAUCGCAACAUGAACAUAUCAGAACUCGAACGACAAGCACCUGGUUUCAAAUUCACGUGGUUAAACUACAUUAACGAUGUAUUAAAACCUUUCAACGUAUGGGUGAACAUCACUGACAACAUUCUCGUCCCAUCGCCAGAGUAUCUGAAGAGUUUGUCCUCUAUUGUUUAUGAGACAGAUAAGAGAAUCCUGUCGAAUUACAUGAUGUGGACGCUCGUGCGCUCUUCUGUUCCAUAUCUGUCACGUGAUUUCCGACAAGCUAAACUGGAAUAUCAAAAGGAAGUAGAGGGAAAGAAAUCGGCCACGCCUCGAUGGUUGUACUGUGUGGAAGAAAUGAAUGGCUAUUACCAUGGGCUUACUUAUGCAUUGGGUUAUAUGUAUGUUACCAACGCCUUCGACACUGAAAUCAUACCAUUUAUACAAGAGAUGAUGUCAACUAUAAGGCAAACUUUUCGAGACGAGACAUCUCGCGACGAUUGGAUCGAUGAACAAACACGCCAAAAAAUAAUUGAAAAGGAAAAGGCAAUGAAAAACAAGGUUGGCUUUCCGAAGCUCUGUGCCAAUGAAACUUUACUGAACGAGUAUUACAAAGAUGUUAACGUUAGUCGCAGUAAUUAUUUUAGAAAUGCCUUGGAUGUGAUGAAAUGGCGAACACACUCUCAAUUUUCGAGACUCAAGACUCCAGUCGACAAAGAACAGUGGUUUGUCGGCCCUCAGCUGGUCAACGCUUUUUACCUGCCUAAUAGAAACGAAAUAAACAUCCUGGCAGGAAUUCUGCAGCCUCCAUUUUAUUACGGACGAAAAGCACCCAGGGCAGUCAACUUUGGAGCAGUAGGAAUGGUUCUUGGUCAUGAGCUUUCACACGGGUUUGACGCAAUAGGGAGAUAUUUCAACGAAAAUGGAGAGAUAACAGGCGAUUGGUGGACUGCAGAUACUUCAAAAAAGUUCGAAGAGAAGUCAAAGUGUUUCGUCGAUCAAUACAACAAAUACUCUGUGGACGGCGAAAAUGGUCCAAUACAUAUUAAUGGAGAGCUCUCUCUGAGUGAAAACAUCGCCGACAAUGGAGGAAUCAGACUGGCUUACUGGGGAUACAAAGACUGGGUUAACAAAAAUGGUCCUGAACUUCGGCUGCCUGGCCUCAAUAUGACAAAUGAGCAGCUCUUGUUCGUUAGCUUCGCUCAGAUGUGGUGCAGUGCAUUUACUCCGUCAGCUGCCUAUGAACUGGCAACAACAGACACUCAUACCCUGGCUAAUUACAGGGUUAUCGGUUCUCUUUCAAAUAUGAAAGAGUUCUCUGAUGUCUUCAAGUGCCCCUCAGAUAGCAGGAUGAAUCCUGAGAAGAAAUGUAAAAUAUGGUAAAACACUAAAAGGGACCUUUUUAAACUGAGAUCUCAGCUCUUUUGAAAUGUCCCAAGACGGAACAAAUGUGGUCUGUAUUUCUUUCUCAGUGGAGGGUAUUUGCAAGAACUAAAAACUUCAUUACAGCUUUUGGAAUAUCUCACAUUUUUCCGGUAUUUUGUUCGAGAUUUAAUGUUGCUAAUGUGAUAAACGAAAUAUGUUAAAUAAUAACAUAGUUUUUAAGUUUUUUUUUUACCAAUUUAAUGCGACAAGAGAAUAUCAGUUUAUAAUCUACUGGAUGCGAAUAUUUCAGUAUACAUUCAUUUCGCUGUGCUAUAGUUUAGAGAAUAAGCCGUUAGGUCGAUUUUCUGUCCUGAAGCUGACAAUUUUCUCAGUACUCAUCAAUUUUACGCGAUCUACAAGGACAAAAUAUGCAGAAAUUUAAUACUGUCUCAAAUGACACUUUUGGUUACGAUCGUUAAACAACAAUUGUAUAGUUUCAUUUCUAUAUUCAAGUAGCUUCAAGAAACGAAAGUACGGGCUUCUACUCCCAGAGCUACGUGAAUAAUUGCAAUUGCAGUUAGACUCCUCGCUAAUAAACAUACUUUUUGUCCAACACAACUUAAAUAAGGGUUUGCGACUUAGCUUGAUUGCUUAUUUUUCAUAAAAAUGAAGCUAGUUCGAGUAUUAAAUACAUGCUUAAUAACUAGAAGUAUUACAGUUAUUUUGGCAGUUUUACUUUAGAGCAGACCGGUUAGAGUUUUUUGUUUUGUCUUUUCGUGGCAUUUAUUCGAAGUCAUCGUUCGCCGGCGAACGAUUUGUUUUGGGAUGACUUAAUGAAAUAGUAAUUACUUUUUAUUCAUUGGGAGUGAAUAAUACUACUACAGCUUGUGUCUAAGCAGAGUGGAUUAUAACUUGUUAGGCUUAGUUUCUACAAAACUGAAUACAAACAUUACCAUUUUAUACUUUGUCAUUGCGCUACAUUUCUGCAUAGCAGCGUCUACAUAUUCUGAGGCUAUCAGUUUUCGUAAGAUCGCCGGGCUGGGGAAUAGAAGAAGGAGAACUGGGAAAGAGGGCGAUUUCAAGUCGAAGAGAAAAACAGGCUUAAAAGAAUUCUCCCCAUAAUCCACUCUUAAAUGAGAAACGAACGUUCUGCGAACGUGGAGACAAGUAACGACUGGCAUUGAAAGCGCUCUUUUUGUAACAACCAUUAACAUUGUCAUAGCAUUGCUGUUUCUGGUCUGCGACGAACAAUGAGUAUUAUCUUAAAGGUGCCUUGAUCACUGGUAUCACCUUGUUCUUUUUGCUCUGUUCUUGUUCAGUCUCCACUUCAUUUUUAGUCUUUUCCAGUCUGAUUUGGGAAAGAAUGUCAGCGAGCAACGGCUUUUCUCAAUGUUGAUCUCAUUCACGCAGGAUGUGGCAUUUAAGGAACUUAUAAAAUUGUUAUUCACAACUCUACUUCUUACAGCCAUUUUAAGAAU